AUGGAGGAACUGAACGUGAUUAAUGAUCGGCAGCCCCAGUUGCCCCAUUUUUUGGCUAAACUAUGGUCUAUUCUAGAUGAUACGCAGUACGAAAAUGCCAUCUGUUGGGAUAAGGUAUAGGUUAACAACGUGAAUUUAUAUUUUUAGAGUGGUGAAUCAUUUCACAUUGUGGAUUCAUAUUUGUUCAAAAAUGCGGUACUACCGAGAUAUUUCAAGCACAAUAAUCUAAACAGCUUCGUGAGGCAACUUAAUUUAUGUAAGUACUCCAACUAAUUGACUUAUUGCUAUCUAGACGGCUUUCGGAAAAUUCCCAUUGUUGGGAAUGCAUGCUUGUUGAAUGAAAAUGGCGAUAAUCUCCAUUUUUCCCACCCAUUCUUCAUCAAGGGAAACUUCCACCUUCUUCAGCACAUUAAAAGAAAUGCCGUUAAAGGAACAGGUGGUUCCAAGGCCAAGCAGGAGCAAGCAGCUGAGAAACGACAAGUUUCGGUACCUGAAGAUGACCUUGUCUGCAUGUUCUCUGAACUUAAACUCAUGCGAGAGAAACAGAACACGAUGAAGAAUACAAUAAGGCAAUUAACUAGGUAAGGUACAAGUUUAUGUCAUUUAAAAUUUGAUUAUAGAGACAACAUUCUGCUAUGGCAAAAGAUGGCCGCGUUAGAAAACUCACAAAAUAAACAACAAGAGAAUGUCGGAAAGCUUGUCCAAUUCCUCAUGGCUCUAGUACAAUCUCAGAAAAGAGUUCAUAACAAUUCCCAGAGAAUUAUGCAGUUAGACGAACUAGAUGAGAGAGCCCGUAGGAAUCCAUCCCCUAAGAGCAACAGGGCGUACAACCAGUCUCCAGUUAAUUGCUUGGCUAUUCAGAGAGGUCAGGGCAUAAGACCUACACUUGACUUUGGUAUUUUGGAUGGAAUCCAGAGAGAACUGACAGAAAACAGCUUUGAUAUGACUUCAAAUUUGUCUAUGAACGCAGAAAACGCUUUACUUGAAGGACUUCAGCUUCGUCAAAGGGCCAUUGAAGAAGGUGGGCCUUAUCUGGAAGACGGGAUUCUCCAGAAUGUUGACGAUGAACAUCGAAGUUCACAUGUGGGGGGAUCUUCUUUACAACGAUAUCGGGCGAAUGGAGAGCCUUCGGUAAAGAGAUCGUUCAAGCCAUGCCUUCCAUCUUACUCUCCUAAUAUAAUGCUCAAACCCAAGAAAUAUGCUGAAGAACUACUUCAGAGUUACGAUGUCCCGUCUACCUCUCAACAUGUAUAUGAAGAAGAGGAUCAGCAACAGGUAUGGGAAAAUUCAAGUUUUAUCUAGACCCAAUGUUUUCUUUAACUUUAGAUGACCGAAAACAUGGGUUAUGAGACUUAUCCAAGCCUCGGCCUCGUCGGGGACAACGAAACCUUUUAUUAUGUGGACGAACAAGGUAAUCAAUUCAUCCCAGAAUUAGACCUGGAUCAAAUCCCCAAUGAAUUUCUUCUUGAUCAUGAGGUUGUUAUUCCUCAGAUUGAACAUUCAGAACAACUUGCGGAUGAAGAAGAUGUCUGA